UAAAGACUUUCCAUCCGAAUCGGGACAAAGUCCAGGAAGACGGAUCGACCAUCCGGGGUGACGAACUUCCGCCGUAUCGCAACCGGGAUUUCGUUUCGGAAAAAGAGAGUGAAGAGAGAAAAGAUCCGAAAAAGCGAGGUUAAGUUCAGGUAGGAGGAAAAAGCCAUCGUACAAGCCGCCACCUAAUCCAAUAACUACCUGCCACAGGAAGACGGAAUGACGACUUCAGAACAGAGAGUCCAACUCCAGUCCAGGAAUCGGGGAAAAACCGCGCACAUGCGCACAAGCGACCUCGGAAGCAACGUGGAACCACAGAGCACUCCAGUCGGAAGGUUACCAGAAGGAACGGCCGGAAAAAAGCUACUUUGGAAGGAAGUAGCAAAGCCGCUAACCACCACAGGCAACUUCAGUCGGAAGACCACCAGAAGAACAGGCGGGAGGAAGCAAAAGAUUAGAGAUGGGUCGCUUUGCGGCCCUUUUUCCGUUAUCCGUGCUUACGCCAUCAGCACAACAUGCGUGUUAUCAACGAGUGCCACGACCGACAGCACCAGCCACGGCAAGCGAGAAGCAACAAGGUCGCGGGUGGCGAGACAGUGUCCGAGAGAGGUGCUAUCGGCACGACAGGUGCACCCAAAAUUCAGCCUCUGUGCCAAUGGCGUGUAGUCAAUUACAUAGCAUCAUUGGUACAAGAAGAUAACGCGAUUGGUGCUGAUUCGAUUUGCUCCCACCGGCAUUAAUCUCCCAAGUUAACCGAAUUGCGUAUGUCUGAAAGAAACAAAAUAAAAACGCUUUCACGUCCCUCCCUAUCGCAUCACAAGACGAAGAAGGAUGGAAAUAAAUACCGGCCAACACCAGGCAGCCAGCGAACCGAGCGCUGUGCGUGUGAAUGUAGCAAAAGCAACAACAAAAACAUCCUUCUAAUUCAAUCCCUUCAAUCCACUGGCAAACAACCACGGCCGAGCUGUGCGUGUGUAUGCAGUAAAAGCAACAACAAAAAAAAACAUUCCUUCAAUUCAAUUUGCCGGCAAACAACCACGGCUAAGCUGUGCGUGUGUAUGUAGCAAAAGCAACAAGAAUAUAUUCCUUCAAUUCACCGGCAAACAAGCACCGGCCAAGCUGCCCGGCUUUAGCAGCUGUGUAUAUGUAGCGUGUGUAUGUAAUAGCAGGCAGUAAGCAAAGCACAGUUCUCAUUCAAUGGGUUUCCCGUUUCCUCCACUCCCGUUCCCUUUCCCGUUUCCAUCGCAAGACAAAUGAAUACCUUGAAAGGAGGCCAAACGCCGGGAAGCCACUGUCGUGCGGCAGAAUGCCUAUGACAAAUAUCCCUCUUCCUGCAUGAAGCUCAAAUAGUACACUGGUUAAGAUGUCGGUCUGGCAAGCAAGACCAUUUGGUUAGUGAUUUGAGUUCGAUUCUCCCUACGGGCGCUGUGGUUUAUAUUUUUAUUUUCUUGUUUCUGGGAUGAAUUAUCCAAUAGGAUCGAAAUCCCAUAAAAUGUUUUUCUUGUUUUGCUUGAAUGUAGUGGUCAUGCAUCAUUUUAGUUGGGAGGCGAGUCCUUAUGCCAGUUACGGUUUUUCAAACAUAUCAUCUUCGGCACAGUGCACAUUUCAGCGCAUUAUCGGCACAGAGAUGUGCUAAAUAGGCAUUGGAUUUUUGCAACCUCUUCUAUGGGUGUGCUCCAAGAACGAGCGUGGUGACUGGCAGCACCGAUUACGCUCGGCAAGCAGACGCGACAAGGUCGCAUGAGGCGAGAUAUUAUCUGGGAGAGGCGCCAGCAGUACAGGUGCGUCAAGAUCGAGCGUGGUAACCGGCAGCACCGGCUGCUCGGCGAGAGAGCAGCAGAGUCGCGUGAGACAGUGGCCGGAAGAGGAGCUAGGGUAACGGACCUAUUUUGGACCGCUUUGGGAAGUGGCUAUGCUAUUUUCUGGAAUAAAAAAGCAUAUGCUACAAUUUUCGAUUGCUUUAUCCGUUCAUAACGAAGAUCAAGGCUUUUUCUAUCGAAAAAUAUCGUCGUUUGUUGCAAUGUAACAAGAUUUAAGCCUAAAAACACGUUUCUUCAAUCAUUACUCUGGUCAGUAUUUUGGACCACCAGGUUUCUAUUUUGGACCACCCUUUGGACCUAUUUUGGACCACCCUUAAACUAAAUAAGUUGUUGUUUUCUAAAUUUUGCUAUUCUUCGACAGCGAUUGAUGCGCAAUUAUACGAAUUAUUCAGAUAAUUUUGUCUUUUCUUAUUGUUAUAGACUAGUGAAGUUUUGUUUGUUCGAUAAGAAUAGAAUAAAAACAGUAAAAUUCCUGUUAUAUAGUGUGUUCCAAAUGUAAUGAAAAUUCUGACAGCACACUGAAAUCUCGACGAAAUUUGUUCUGCAGUGUUCAAUACUGGCCAGUUGGAUUAUCUUUAGGCUCAAUUUUCAGAACGCAAAUCUCCUUCAAGCGACCCAAUGAUAAGUUGAGAAAAUCUGGAAUCAUGAACUUCGCGACAUCAAUUGAUGCAUUUUGACUUCCAAAACCUUGGUGGAUUUGGUUUGUCUUCAGUUCUGUAGAUAGAUUCAAAAAGAUAAAAAUGUGCGAGAUUUAUGCUAUCUUUUUAGCCAUCUAGAAGCCAGAUAUUUUUCAUAAAAAUUCAGUUUUAAGUCUGAUACUAACUUUGUUCUAGAAUAAAAUUUAUAGUUGGAGUAAUUUUCCAACAGUUUUUUUUAAAUUGCAUAAUCACAGGGGCUGAAAAACUAGAUUUUUAGUACUUUAUCUAAAAUUUACACAUUCCAACCACCUUUUCCCAAAUCUUGAAACAUAUAUAGCUAUAAUUGAAUAUAUUAUUUGAUAAAAUUGUUCUAAUAUUAAAUGAGAUAUUUCAACUAUUACAAAAAUUAAACUCGUUGCAUAUUUGCUGAUUUGUUGUCGUUUUUUCCAAACCCCUCCUUUAUACGGGUUUUAUAUUUCGUUUCUUCUACCUACCCAAGUUUUUUUUUCCUCGAAAAUCAUUCCUGAAUGCACUCAUUUUACUGGCAAUCCUAAAUGGUUGAAACUUUUAGACCAAACUUUCAAUAAUUUUUCAUGAAGCAUAAAAAACAAUUACUUAAUAAAAAAUGGUUCAAGUCAAAGUUUUCAUGUUUUGAGGCUUCUUUAAGUUGUAGCUUUUAACAACUGCUUAUCAAACAGUUGCCAUUGAUGUAGAUUGUUAGAUUAACGUGAUUCAAGGCAUCGUGCACAAAAAGUAAGUAAAAACUAUGAUUGGCUUGGUUUUAUGCCGAUUAAAAUGAACCUCGUCUAAUGGCGAGUUUGGGCUUUAGCGAGUUGAUUAAAUAAAAACAUGCUUUAAUUCCAAAUUUUAUUCAUAAUGAGUGAUUGAAAGAAUGUGCAUAAUUCUUUCAUAUCGGCGACAAAAGUUUUAUUACGUUCAUGAACAUUUAACAGCAAGUUUAAUACCCAGGUUAUGUUGAGUGGUCCAAAAUAAGUCUCUAAGGAAUAACGUAGGACCUAUUUUCGACAUGGGUCAAAUUGCUAUUAAAACCAGUCAUUUUGCUUUUUCGAGCUUGCAGAAUAGUUUUCACGUGUUUUAUCAUAGCUGUGAACAUGUUUGUAUUUGUAAAAUUCAUUACAGCUAUGCAGCAAACCUCUUGAAAGUUGACUUCAAUAAUAGCACGUCCUCCUGAAAUGGCAAUGAUUCGGUCCAACUGUGAAAAAUCAAAACUUUAUUUUCAAUUUUCUCUCCGUUAACAACUUACUAAAAUAAAAUUUUAGAUGUGAUUAAAAUCAUAAGAAGUAGUUUUAAUAAUAUUUGUUCAAAAUUUUCUUGAAUAACAUGAUUUAUGAGAGAAAUAUUGGCAAAAAGCUACAAGGUGGUCCAAAAUAUGUACCCGGUCCAAAAUAAGUCCGUUACCCUAUCAGUGCGAAAGGUGUUUCGAGAUCGAGUGCUGCGACCGACAGCACCAGCUACUCUCAGGUGAGACGCAACGAAGCGGCCAAAAGAGGCGCCAUCAGCAACAAGACGCGCUUCGGGAUCAAGUGUGGUGGCCAGCAGCAGUGGUUACGCUCGGGCGAGACGCGACAGAGUCGCGUGAGGCGAAACAGUGUCAGGGAGAGGCGCUAUCGGAAUCGAGCGCUGUGCUCAGGCAUUUCAAUUGUGCUCCGAAGAAGCGCGACCGGAUCGCGUGCGGCCUCCGCCUCCUACGGAAAAGCAGCGUCAGUGGAAGAUUCAAACGGUCGCCCAAGCAUGAGGCGACACUGUGAGAUGCACGACUGGUCCCGGGUGAUAACCCCAAUGAAGCGUAAGUGAAAAUCCUUUGACGAGACACACAUGUAGUAGCUGAAAAAGAGGGGGUUUGCACAUGAUGCCAAAAUAGAAAAUUUAGCUUAAUCCUUGAAUUAUUUUUUAUGUAGCUUUGACCACGGAUCCGCCCCCGUAAUAACACACUCUCAAGUCCCCUGUAAAUUUUAUCCAAUUUUUUUAUAUGGAUAUCACGAAGCAAAGUUGAGUUUAUCGAGCUGAGAAUUCUGUAUAAUUUGUUUGAAAUUUAAAACGUAGGAAAUGAUUAAAAAAACAAAAACCUCUCAAUAAAAAAAAUCCUUCUAUCAUUUAACCUUCGUCUUAGAUUGAACACCAUGAGGUGCAUCAACUUUCUACAUGUUUCACGGUCGGAAAACCUGAUCAAAUUGACAACCGCAAUUUGUCUCACUUGCUACUAGGAAUAAACCACUCAUAACACACUGACACUCAUCAUUAUCGUAUCCAUCGGAAAGGCACUCGCUAUCGCCAAAGUUUAAUUCAAAUGAGCGUUAGACCACACGUUCCGUUUUGCACCUGUGCCAUUGACCUUAAGAUGGCAACAAGUUUCUGACCAACUUUCUUCUGAACUUAACUCCUCAGGACCUGUUUGUUUAAGUUUUAUUUCAUUCGCUUAAACUGUUUGAUACUCAAGGUAGAAAAAAAAUCCUCACUUAACUUGUCCCCAAGUGCGACAUCUAGCAAAAAUUUUCCUUUUUCCACUCUCAGCCAGUCUCAAGAUGAAAGUGAAAACAAAUAUUUUCCAUGCUUUAUAUCGUAACUGCGACAGUUAUAUCAAAAGCUGUUCCUGGACCAGCGAAGAUUUGCCGUCUUCCCACUUGACAGUGCUCAGGCAACUAGUUUUGAAAGUAAAGCUUAUCGAUUACGCUCUUUUUCUCGAACUAGUCCAGAUGUGAUUCAACUUUUUCUGCCAGCUUGUUCGGUUGGUCUGUAGAAGGAAUCCAUAAACGAGAUAGAGGUGUUAAAUUUUUCCACCAGUUUUUUCCCCGCGGGAUCUUCGAAACGACCCAGUGAUAAAUAAUGAAUUGUUUACCUACUGAUAGCUCAAGUAAACGUGCAAGCGCGAAGAAAGAUAACUCGACUUCUCGAAAAUUACAUGCUCGAUUAGUACUUCUGAAAAGUAGAAACAGGGGUAUCAAUGCUAAUGAUAGUUGGAUUGAGAGAUUAUUGUUUUGAACACUUCAUACAUUUUGAACGUAACAUAACAACAAUUAUCAAAUUGGAAUGGACAAUUGGAUGAAAUCAAGUUAUUGGUUUUGUCUCAG